AUGAGAGCCAGCCUCUUAAUUAACACACUGAGGAUUGUCAGAUCGCAACGUUUGGUGGUAAUAGCUGCAUGCCAGACUCCCAGAAAUUUACAUUCCACGUCAAACACACCAGAGACGCUUGAACCCCAACCAAUCGCUCAUAUAAAGCCAUCACAACCUAUCCACAAUGCUACGAGUAAUCUAAAUAAUCCAUCAACAACUCUCCAAUCACCCUCCCAGAUCCUACAAGCUAUAAAAUUAAAAACAUUAACAUCCUUGCACCCUGCAGCCAUAUUCGACACAGUCUGGCCCCUAGUCUCGGCAUCUCCGCCCGUCAUGUCUGCAUCAGAAAUGACUUCCAUCAUGAAUCAGAUGGUAUCUAGCAUAAAUCCAUCAACAAACCCAUCAAACAGCAACAUAUCAAAACAGUUGAUCAAACUCUUUGGACAAAUCAAACGACUAGGUUUUAUGCCUCCACCUGAUGCAUACACGGCGCUCGUAAUCGGGGCUUCCUAUUCGCACGAUCAAGUAAUGAAACUGUUGGCUUUUGUGUCUCUGCAUCCGGAAAAUGGGAGUGAUGAAUUCUAUAGGGCUGUCUUGUCUUCUUUGUUGGAGGGGAGAGUACAUACACCUCAACAUCUGGUGCAGAAAGUGACACGGCCUAUGUGGGUGGCUAUGAAGGAUUUAGGUAUUCACCCAGCGAUUGAAACUUGCAUAUUAUGUGUCAAGGCCUUUGCUCGAUCUGGUGAUUCCAGUGGCCUCAACGAUAUAUAUCAGUAUAUAAAGGAAAGGAAAGUCAAGGAUGAGCGUACUUGGAAUGCGCUGGUUGAGGGGUAUGCCAACAUGGGACAUACAUUGACUGCAGAAAACAUGAUUUCGCAUAUGAAGUCACAAGAUAUCACACUAUCUCGGUCAACUCUCGGAAGUGUAAUGGAAGCCUACUCGAAAGCUGAAAAUUAUAAUCAAGUCAUCAACCUACACCCAUACAUCCCGCCCGAAUCCUACUCAAAAGCUGUAGUAAAAUGCCUCGCCAAUGCUUAUGCUCAAUCUGGUAGACAAGAAGAUGUCACAAAGCUAUUAGAACAAGUCACCAUUCUCAUAUCACAAGCCCACACAUCUCUGAAUCAUCGUGUAUUAGAGUACUUUGUAGCGGCAUACUCUGAUCUCGGGAAUGCUGAGCUGGCCAUGAGUGUCUUUAAUACCUACGUCAGCCCAGUUAGUGGACUGUUACGAGACGGAACAUCGUAUAAAAUCGUCCCAGACAGAUGGCUACUAGCCAAACUCUGUAACGUGCUCGGCAAAGCACACGCCGAAGACCUCAUCAAGUGUAUAUUUAGAGACUAUGUCAUGACGCGAGAUAACAUGAGAGGAUACAUCCUCAGCGGUGUUGCCUUUGACCAGGCAUUCAGUCCCUGUCUGGAGCAAGUCAGGCUUGGGUGGAUGCAAACUCUAGCAGGAGAUGAAACUGACCAGGCUAAUAAUAUCAUGCAGCUUGAGGAAUUGUUGCAAAAGGUAUCGGACAGGGGUGAAUGGAACGUGCUGAUGGCUGAAUUGAGGCCUGAGAGUGGCAGGAAGGGCGUAGUUGUUAGGCCAAAGUACAAACAGGCUGUAGUUAAGGAGACUACGUUGGGGGAGUUGGACGUUGGAAGUGGGCUUGAUAACCACGGCCGCGUCAGAUCGCAAAAGAUUCAAAACCAGACACGUCGACGUGACAAAGAGCUGUAG